UGCUGUGCUCGGCUUAUCAGAGAUUAAGUCUUUCCAGAAUUGUUGAAUCAUUUGGAUUUACAAAACAAAGCUAAUAUAUGCGAAUCAUAUGUAAGCCAAUUCUUAGUGGGUUUUGUCUUUCCUGCAUGUCCCCCAUCAGUUCUGUCAUGCAGCAGUGCCCCUCGGUUGGUCUACUGUACUGCCAUAUUACAAUAGUCCGAUUUCUAUUUGUCAGUUAUAUAAUUAUUUAAGAUCGAAGUCCCUAAGUCCUGUACGUUAGAUUCAAAAUUCCAAGUACCAUGUACACCAUUGAGAGAGAUCCGGAGCUGGAGCAGCAACAGGACAAAGGCAGUGAGACGCUGGAGGAAGGUGCUUCUUCCGCCACGAUGCGCCACGAUGAAAAGAGCAGCGAGUCGCUGGAGAGAUGUGGUUCAUUCGACUCGAUGCUGUGUCCGGCGGACAUGUCAGCGCGAAGCAGGAAGGCCUACCUGCAGCACAUGAUGGACGAACUACCCAGGCCAGUGCACAACCGAAUUUUGGCUAUGAAGCACAGUCAGAUGGAGCAGAUCAAGAUUUCGGAGCAGUUCUAUCGGGAGGUGUACGAGCUGGAGAAGCGCUUCUAUUUGCAGUGCGCUGAGCUGUUCGAUUCGCGGCGCGACAUCGUUGACGGGUCUGUGGAGCCAGAACCAAUGGAGCCCAGCUGGAGUGAGCAGCACGACGAUCUGGUCGCCGAACUCCAGGCCAGCAAGGAGUUCCACCAGCUGACCGAACUCAUGCCCAAGAUGCCGGCUAAUGCAGUGGGCGUGCCCCGCUUCUGGCUGAGCAUCUUCCGGAAUGUGUCCCUGCUGUCGGACAUGGUGCAGCACCAUGACGAGCCGCUCCUCGAGUGCCUGAUGGACGUGCGCAUCAGCUACGAGCCGGAGAGCUACACCCUCAAGUUCCUGUUCCGGCCCAACAGCUACCUCGACGACUGCUCGCUGAUGCUUACCAAGAAGUACUUACUGCGGCACCAGGCCGACCAGGAGUAUCCGUUUAUGUUCGAGGGACCCGAGAUCGUGAGCUGCGAGGGCUGCCACAUUCAUUGGCGCGAUGACUCCAAUCUCACGAUGCAGACGGACCUGUCGCUGGCCGACGAGAAGACCAAGAUGCUGCUGGGAAACGACUUUGAGGUGGGCUUCCUGCUGCGCACCCAGAUCGUGCCCAAGGCCGUUCUGUUUUACACCGGCGACCUUGUGGAUAGCACGAACGAGGGACUCAGCGACAGCGAUUCCUCAGAGACAUCGGAUACCGACGCCGACACAGAUACAACUGCCCCUGCACCCACACACACGCCGGAGCAGCUGAGCGAUUGAUAAUGUGUUGGGUCUGGAAGCUGUUGUAUUGAAUAGAUAAUUGGCUUACAGUAACCCGGAUCUCUAC